AUGCAACUGUUGAACAGAGUAACCGUGACGAAAGAUAAACUGAGAAAUCGUAUGAAUUUACCACUUUUAUCAUCGAUAAUAAGAAUUGAAAUGAGCUUAGAAGAAGAUAAAAUUUGCUGUACUCAAUUUGAACCAAGUAAUGAGAUGCUUAACUUUAAUUCGAGCAUAUAUGAGAAGAUAACCCCUGAAGAAGAAAAAGAGCAAAAAGAACUACUGCAACACAUGUUGGAUUAA